ACCGUGUCGCAGCACUUGUCUGCCUUAGUGUUGCAUUCGUCCUCUCUGCACCUACCAUGCUUGUUUGUUCAUUCUCCGGCAUCAAGUUCGUCAUAAUCAUUCUACAGUUUGUGUUUCUACAGACGCGAAUGCUGAGGGCCAAGAUGCUUGGACUACACUUGGCGUUCAGCAGGGACGUUUCAAACAUGACAUAUAGAAGACAGUCGCAAGGAACCUGGAUCCAAUAUGUUAUUGGAACCGUACUUGUGGAUACAAUCUUCGGACCUUUGCUGCCUGGGUAGAUCGCUCACCAGGUUGAUUAGGCCACGACAUCAGCCCGCAUAAGCAUCAUUCUUUGUUCAGUCCUUGGAGUUUUGGUACGAGGGAUACGAAAGGUCAACCGCCGGGCUGG